AUGGCCGACAUGCAGGGCUUGAUCGAAAGACUGGAGCGAGCUGUCAGCCGCCUGGAGUUGCUGUCACCCGAGUCCCACCAGCCUCCUGGGAACUUUGGGGAGAUGAAUGGUAUCAUCACAGGUGUGGCCCCCUCGGUGGAAGCCUUUGAUAAGCUGAUGAACAGCAUGGUGGCCGAGUUUUUAAAGAAGAGUAGGAUUCUGGCCGGGGAUGUGGGAACGCAUGCAGAAAUGGUGCACAGUGCUUUCCAGGCCCAGCGUGCUUUCCUUCUGAUGGCCUCACAGUACCAACAACCCCAAGAGAAUGAUGUGGCAGCACUUCUGAAACCAAUAUCAGAAAAGAUUCAAGAAAUCCAAAGCUUCAGAGAGAGGAAUCGAGGAAGUGAUAUGUUUAACCAUCUCUCAGCUGUCAGUGAAAGCAUUCCUGCCCUGGGCUGGAUAGCUGUGUCCCCCAAACCCGGCCCUUAUGUCAAGGAGAUGAAUGACGCGGCCACCUUUUACACUAACAGGGUCUUAAAGGACUACAAACACAGUGAUCUACGCCAUGUGGAUUGGGUGAAAUCAUAUUUGAGCAUUUGGAGUGAGCUUCAAGCAUACAUCAAGGAACACCACACCACUGGCCUUACUUGGAGCAAAACAGGCCCGGUGGCGUCGUCAGCCUCCUCGCCAACUGGUUUCUCCCUGGGGCCUGCACCUCCUCCACCCCCUCCCCCUCCCCCUCCUCCAGGGCCACCUCCCCUUCUGGACAAUGAAGACCACCGAAAAGAACCUUCCUCUCCUUCCCGCUCUGCUUUAUUUGCCCAACUCAACCAAGGAGAUGCCCUUAUUAAAGGACUCCGGCAUGUCACUGAUGAGCAGAAGACACACAAGAAUCCCAGCCUACGAGCUCAGACUCCCUCUCCAACCAAAAGCCACACAACUACGCCCAAAGCCCCCCACUCUCAGCCUCCUCAAAAGCAUGCUCCUGUGCUUGAAUUGGAAGGAAAGAAGUGGCGAGUAGAGUACCAGGAAGACAGGAAUGACCUGGUGAUUUCAGAGACUGAACUAAAACAAGUGGCUUAUAUUUUCCAAUGCAACAAGUCUACUCUACAGAUAAAAGGGAAAGUCAACUCCAUUAUCAUUGAUAACUGUAAGAAGUUUGGCCUUGUGUUUGACAAUGUAGUAGGCAUCGUGGAAGUAAUCAACUCCAGGGACAUUCAAAUGCAGGUAAUGGGGAAAGUACCCACAAUUUCCAUUAAUAAGACCGAAGGCUGUCAUGUGUACCUCAGUGAGGAGGCUCUGGACUGUGACAUUGUAAGUGCCAAGUCUUCAGAAAUGAACAUCUUGAUUCCUCAGGAUGGUGACUACAGAGAAUUUCCUGUUCCCGAACAGUUCAAGACAUCAUGGGAUGGAUCCAAACUGGUCACUGAACCUGCAGAAAUUAUGGCCUAACCUACAGACAGACUGAACUCCCUGACAGGGUUCCCACCAGCCUACCAUCAACACUUUAUAAAAAGCAGCAUUAAAGACCUAGAAGUUGCAGUAACACCUACAAAAUUUAGUUCGAACCUCCAACAAUUCUGUUAUCUUUUUUGGCAUGCUUUCUUGGGCAUUUUUUUGGUGUAUUUCACACUGCUUCCUGAUUGGCUUGUGUGUGAUUUGAAGUUCACGUGAUAAUUUGUGAGCAUUACAAUUAAAGGGAAGAAAAA